AUGGCCUCUCUUCCUCCGCUGUCACUCCUCCCCACCCUCUCCCCCCACACCCCUUUUCCCCCUCUCCUUACCUCGCAACCUACAGAGGCUUUCCCUGACGUACCACCACGCAAGCACAAGCACCAGCAAGAGCAGCAGCAUCAGGAGUCAGCAGGCGCUUCACAGCCGGAGAACACGAAAGCUGAUGCCAGCUUACAGAGAGCCGACUCACAGACAACAGGGGAGCAGACAGCAGGGGAACAUACAGCAGGGGAACAGGCAUCACCAAGCGGGGAAUUCUCCACGCCUUCAGAGCUUUCUCUCCGCGUUCUCUCCACGGGGAUGCCCGCGUGGGUGGCGGAGAGAGCAAGCGCCGUCUCCCCGGAGGUGGUGGCGAUCGCGAGUGUGUACUUCGUGCAGGGCGUGCUGGGCUUGGCGCGCCUUGCCGUCACUUUCUUGCUCAAGGACGACUUUGGGCUCGACCCGGCUGAGGUGGCAGUCCUAUCAGGCCUCUCCUCCCUCCCCUGGCUCAUCAAGCCCAUCUACGGCUUCAUCAGUGACGGCAUCCCCCUCUUUGGCUACCGCCGGCGCUCCUACCUGGUGGCGUGUGGCCUGUUGGGUUCCCUUGCAUGGGGUGCGCUGGCGACGGUGGUGGGGGAUAAGUACUCUGCUGUCGCCAUGAUCCUGCUCUCCUCGCUCUCUGCUGCCGUCUCUGAUGUGGUGGUAGACUCAAUGGUGGUGCAGAGGGCGAGGGGCGAGUCGCAGGCUACAUCAGGCGGGCUCCAGUCGCUCUGCUGGGGGUCGUCGGCAGUGGGGGCUGUGCUCUCAGCGUAUUUCAGUGGCUCGCUCAUUGAGAAUUACGGCACACGGUUUGUGUUCGGAGUGACAGCCCUGCUGCCUCUCAUCACCACUGCUGUCGGAUUCUACGUCCCAGAGGAGAGGGUUACCACAGGCACUAGGGUUACCACGAGCACUGAAGUUACCAGCAGCAAGUACAGUACAACCACUGGCGCAGCAGCAGGAGGGACAGGGGAAGAGCUUGGAAGAGUAGGAGAAGGCCGAGGAGACAGACAAGGGGAAGGAGGAGCAGUAGGGGGAGCGGAAGGAGGAGCGUUGGGAGGAGUGGGAGGAGGGGUAGUAGCAGCAGGGGGCGGAGCGAGGGAGACGUGGGCGUGGGCGUGGGGACAGGUGGUGUUUCUGUGGGAGACCAUUCGCCAGCCCGCCAUUCUGCUGCCCACCGCAUUCAUCUUCCUCUGGCAGGCCACUCCGCACUCCGAGACUGCUAUGUUCUUCUUUACCACCAACGAGCUGGGCUUCGGCCCUGAGUUCCUGGGCCGCGUCCGCCUCGUCACCGCCCUGGCCUCCCUGGCAGGGGUGGGCGUGUUCAACUUCUACCUGAAAGAGGUGCCUCUCAGGAAGCUCUUUUUCUGGACCAACAUUGCUGGAGCCCUUCUGGGCUCCACACAGAUCUCCUUCAUGCCAGUGCUGGUGCUAGCAGCUCGAGUCUGCCCCCCGGGCAUCGAAGCAACGCUCUUCGCAACACUCAUGUCUGUCAGCAACGGGGCGAGCGUCUUUGGGGGGGUGAUGGGCGCUGGGCUGACCAACUGGCUGGGAGUGACGAGCACCAACUUCACCAACCUGCCCACGCUCAUCGCCAUCUGCAACUUCUCCUCUCUGCUCGUGCUGCCGUUUCUCAACCUGCUGCCUGCUGGUGUCGGCGCAAACUCGGACUCAGAAGAAGAGUAG